UUCAAGACAACGCUCUACGUAAGACACACUGGAUCGCCGCAUCAUAGCCCUGAACCGGAUUUGAUCCACGAGUUCAUCGGUCAUUGUCCAAUGUUUGCCGACCCCACAUUGGCGCAGUUCUCACAAGAGAUUGGUCUCCUCUCACUUGGCGCUACUGAUGAGCAAAUCGAACAUUUGGCGACGGUAUGGAAGACUAAAACUGUUUGCUAA